AUGGGGAUCAUCUCAAGGAAGAUUUUCCCGGCUUGUGGGAGCAUGUGUGUUUGCUGUCCUGCUUUGAGGUCUAGAUCAAGACAGCCUGUCAAACGAUACAGAAAAUUGCUUGCUGAUAUCUUCCCGAAAUCCCCGGAUGAGCUUCCAAACGAAAGGAAAAUCGUCAAAUUAUGUGAAUAUGCCGCGAAAAACCCUUUUAGGAUUCCCAAGAUAGCAAAGUAUCUUGAAGAACGAUGCUACAAAGAACUGAGAUCUGAGCACAUCAAACUAGUCAAGAUUGUAGCGGAAUCUUUCAUUAAGUUGCUUUCCAUUUGUAAGGUGCAAAUAACAUAUUUUGCUGUUGAUGUGCUUAAUGUGAUUUCGGAGCUCUUGGACUAUUCCAAGGAUGAGACUAUUCAGACACUUGGUUGCCAGUCCUUAACAAGGUUCAUCUACUGUCAGGUAGAUUCUACUUACACUCAUAACAUUGAGAAAUUGGUGAAGAAAGUAUGCAUGCUAUCACAGGAGCCCGGUGAAACACUCGAAAACUGCAGCUUGAGGGCAUCGAGCUUGCAAUGUCUAUCAGCAAUGGUUUGGUUCAUGACUGAAUUUUCACACAUUUUUGCUGAUUUUGAUGAGAUUGUUCACGCCACUUUAGAUAACUAUGAGUGGUGUAGACGAAGUGAAGAAGCUGACAGGACAGAGGCUCAUCACAAUUGGGUAGAAGAGGUUGUUCGUAGCGAAAGCCGGACUGGUUCUUUUGUUGGUAAUGACAAUCGCUCUAGUUGCUUGAUUAUCCAACCACGGCCUGAAGUAAAGGAUCCUUCCCUCUUAACCAGAGAAGAAAUUGAAAAACCAGAAAUAUGGGCUCAAAUAUGCAUUCAAAGACUGGUUGAAUUAGCCAAGGAAAGCACAACUAUGCGUCGUGUAUUGGAUCCAAUGUUUGUCUACUUCGAUUCAAGGCAACAUUGGGCUCCUCAGGAUGGUUUUGCAUUGAUGGUUUUGUCUAGCAUGACCUACUUCAUGGAGAACACAGGGAAUCAACGAUUUAUUCUAGCUUCUGUGAUACAUCAUCUGGACCACAAAAAUGUUAUGAAUGAUCCCCAACUUAAAUCAUAUGUAGUUCAAGUUGCCACAUCUUUAGCCAUGCAGAUUAGAUCAGGGAGACGGCUGGCAGAGAUUGGUUUUGUUGGUGACCUUUGCAGGCAUCUCAGGAAAAGCUUUCAGGCCUCAAGUGAAUUUGUUGGUGAACAAGAGCUCAACUUGAAUAUCUCACUCCAAAGUUCCAUUGAGAAUUGCUUACUGGAAAUUGCUAAUGGGGUCAUUGAUGCUCAGCCACUGUUUGACCUGAUGGCAAUAACCCUAGAAAAUAUUCCGUCUGGUGUUGUUGGUAGAGCAACCAUUGGAUCAUUGAUUGUCCUUGCUCGAGCACUCACUUCAGCAUUGGCCAACUUACGUUUGCAGCAGGGAUUUCCUGAAUCUCUUCUCAUGCAACUUCUAAAAGUAAUGUUGCAUUCAGACGCAGAGGCUCGCAUUGGAGCACACCUAAUAUUUUCUGUACUUCUUUUACCGAAUUCCUUCCAUACACACGAAGCUUCUUCGCUGCGGUCCAGAUAUCUAGAUCAGCGCAGCAAAAAGAAUUCUCACACCGCAGCUGCAUCCGCUUCAAUUACAGCUUUACUCGAAAAACUCCGCAGGGGCAAAGACAGUACAAAUGCAGAUCACGGGAAUGUUGUUCAUGAUGACAAAGAAAGAGAUACCGUGGUCGAAGAGUGGAAGCAAGGCCGUGGCUUAAAAACUUCACCUAACUUUUACAAACUCAGCUCAAUCAUUGAUAGGGCUACAGGAUCAACGAGUUUGACUGACACAGAACCAUAUGUUAUGAAGCUAAGUGAAGAUCAAAUGGGCCAGCUUCUUUCUGCGUUUUGGAUUCAGGCCAACCUUCCUGAUAACUUGCCUUCAAAUAUUGAAGCUAUAGCUCAUUCAUUCAUAUUGACACUAAUUGUUUUGCGCAUAAAGAACCUAAAAGACAAAGACAACCUGGUGAUCCGCUUCUUCCAGCUUCCUCUAUCUCUCUGGAAUAUGUUGUUGGAGAAUAAUGGAGUGUUGCCCCCAGCACGUCAGAGGUCUAUCUUUGUGUUAUCCGCUGGGAUGUUGAUCUUUGCCUGCAAAAUAUAUCAGAUCCAUGAUCUGAAUGAUGUGUUCGCUUCGAUAGCAAAAUCUGAAGUUGAUCCGUUCUUGGGAAUCAGUGAUGAUAAUCAAGUAUAUGCUAAGACGCAUAUGGAUUUAAGAGAGUAUGGUUCUGCUGCUGACAAUCAGUUAGCCAUGUCAACAUUAUCUGAGUUGAGGAACAAAGUAUCUGAAUAUGAGCGGACUAUAAAGAAUGUUUUGGUUCAUAAUUUAACGAACUUCAUUGAGCUGGAUGCAGAUAACCUUGCUGUGCUACUGUCAGAGCCAUUUAAGCCCGAUGAAGACUUUGUGUUUGGUCCACAGUCAAUCUUUGAUCAGAAUCAAUUGACUUGUCAUUCUCAGGAGUCACUAUCAAUUGAUGAGGAUUUUCCCUCAAAUUCAGGAGGUGAAGACGAUACAAUCAGCGAAGCUUCUGUCUCUGACCUUUCUCGAUUCAUUUCAAAGAUGCCUGUAUCCCCUCCCCAGCCUCAUGUUAUCAGUAUCGGACAACUUUUGGAAUCGGCACUAGAGGUAGCGAGUCAAGUGGCAGGAACGACAGUCUCCACUUUGCCUCUCCCAUACAACGCCAUGGUUAGUCAGUGUGAAUCACUCGGGACAUGUGCAAGGAAGAAGCUUUCGAAUUGGUUGACCGUCGAGAAUCUUUACACUCAAUCACCUGAUCAGUCGUUUCUGGCCAUGGCUCGUAACAGUAAUGCAGCACUCGAAAAGGAAGCAUAUGAGGGUGAGAAUGCGCAAGUAGCUGCAUCUGCAUUGCCUAGGGAUCCCAUGAAGCUGCCUCCUGCUAGUCCAUUUGAUAAUUUUCUCAAAGCUGCUGGGUGUUAA